AUGGAGAAAAAAAGCCUCAUAGGUGCCGGUGGUUUUGGCUCUGUGUAUUUGGGAGUAUUUGCUAAACGAAAGGUUGCCAUCAAAAUCUUGGACAAGAGGAACGACAAUGGUGCUGCCCAAGGGGAAAGCUUCAGAGCUGAGCUGCGUUUACUGACAUUGGAAAACGACAACAUUGUCAAGAUCUUGGCGGCGAAAGCUCAGAUGAUGAGUAGUGACGGUCCAGCUAUAGUGAUCAUGGAAUAUGUACCUGGACGAAACCUCAACGAUAUCAUUAACAAUCCCGACGAACUACUCCCACCGAAAAGGCGGGUAAAAUACGCCCUUUUGCUGUGUUACGCCCUGGACUACGCGCACCGUAACAACAUCGUUCAUCUUGACGUUAAACCUGCCAAUCUCCUUAUUACGCCAGAUGACAAGUGUAAACUGGGUGACUUUGGCUGUUGUCAGAGAGUGGAGUCGGAAACGGGUACCGUCAGUCCCACCAACAGGUCCACAUUGAGUGGAACUGUGGCCUACAGAGCACCGGAGGUCCUCCGCGGUCAGCCGCCGACCUUCAAAGCCGAUGUGUACUCCGUUGGUAUUACCUUGUGGCAAAUGUUUUCACGCCAACCUCCGUAUGGCAACGAAGCACACCCGCACGUGAUAAUUUUCCGGGUUGUUGCCUACAAUCUCCGCCCAGAGUUGGUAGAUGUCAAAGAAGAUCCUUUCGAGGUGUAUUAUAAGGACGUGUACACAACGUGUUGGGGGGCGUGUCCCAAGGACAGACCGUCAAUCACCGAUCUUAUACAAGUGAUUGAUUUAUGGAAGCAUCACCUGUAA